AUGCUCGCUUUUUUCUCCGACCCCUUCAAGAACUGCGAUGGUCCGGAGAAGACCAGCCCUGAUCAUGAGCGUGUCAGGAAAACCCUCAAGGCCCUUGAAAAAAAGUACCUUGAGGCAUAUCAAGACUACCAGACCUGGAAGAACGAAGUCAUUCUUAUGAUUGAAAAAGAUGACCAGCAUAGCUGGAACAGUUUCAUUCUGGACCCUCGUAGCCACAUGGAAUUUGACGAAGGGGUAUUGGAGGACCUCGAGACUUUUCUUCCCUUUUCCAACGAUUUCUACCCGUUUCCGAGCUACAUGAGUCACAAUACCUUCACUGACAAGCUCUUCAAGAAACGGGUGCGAUUGGCCGAAAUCAAGGGGCUUAUCGAGACCGGACGCCGUGAACUAGCCCGGCUGGAGGGCUCCGACGCAUUCAUCCAACUUCCUAAUGACUUUGUCAAGUAUCGCGAAGAAGUUGCAGCCAAGUGCGAUCUUUGCGACGUUCGUGAUGAGACGAGUAGCUGCGCGUCUUCUGAUUCAGGAGGAACAAGCCGAACUAUUGAAGACUAG